AAAAGACUCCCAUUUUGCAUCAGAGUCUGCAUUACACAGCCGAUCAGGAGUCGUGUGCAUUAUAAUUCGGGACAAUGGCUUACAAUCAGACACCUUUUUAUAACCCAAGUAUCCCCUUCACCGGAUCAAUCCAAGGUGGUCUACAGGAGGGGCAGAUCAUCAGCCUCAAUGGACGAACUCUGUCUGGUAUUGAUAGGUUCCAUGUGAAUUUACAGUGUGGAUCUAAGACCAAUGCGGACAUCGCUCUCCACUUUAAUCCACGAUAUGACAGCCACCCUGGUUAUGUUGUUACCAACACUCUCCAAAAUGGCCACUGGGGCUCUGAAGAGAAGAAGUCCAACUCUCCGUUCCCUGCUGACUCUACCUUCAGCCUCAGCAUCACAGUGACCCGGCAGGCCUACCAGCUGAUUGUCAAUGGCUGCCACUUCAUGGAGUACAGGCACCGUAUUCCUUUUCACCAAGUGGACACCAUUUCAGUCAGCGGGAAAGUGGAAAUUUCCAACAUUGCCUUCCAGAAUCCCAUGCCGGCGUUUCCUGCUCAGCCGGCAUUUGCAGCCCAGGUAGCCUAUCCCACCCAAGCUGCCUUUCCUUCUUAUCCUGGAUUCCCUGUGCAGCCUGGAUUCCCUGUGCAGCCUGGAUUCCCUGUGCAGCCUGGAUUCCCUGUGCAGCCUGGAUUCCCCUCACAACCUGGAUUUCCCUCACAACCUGGAUUUCCCUCACAGCCUGGAUUUCCAGCACAAUUUGGAUUUCCCUCACAACCUGGAUUUCCCUCACAACCUGGAUUUCCUCCACAGCCUGCAGUCCCAGCUGUCCCAUACAAGAGCAUGAUCAGCGGUGGACUGAAACCUGGCCGGACUAUCACUAUCCAUGGGACCAUUCUCCCCCAGGCCAACAGGUUCAAAGUGAAUCUCAGCCAUUCCUCUGGCAUCGCUCUGCAUUACAAUCCACGCUUCGACGAGAACACUGUGGUCCGAAACACCAGUCAGGGGGGGAAAUGGGGCAGUGAGGAGCGUGGCGGAGCGAAGCCCUUCAAACGGGGGAAGCCUUUCACGUUGACUAUCUGCUGUGAGAGUCACUCCUUCAGGAUUGUGGCCAAUGGGAUGCAGGUCCACACCUAUAAGCAUCGUUUCUCUCCCCUCGCACAAAUCAACACCGUGGAGAUCGAUGGGGACAUCAGCCUGACCUCUGUGCUGGUGUAGACCAUGUUUAGCAGAUCUUACAUCUUACACAAAACAUGGUUUCCCUGAUAUUGUAUAUUCAUUUCAUGUGUAUUCAUACAACAAAUAAUCGUUUUGAUUGAUAUGACAUGCUACUGAAUGAUGACAUUGGCUCUUAAAGGAAAAUCCACCUAUGAUAAUCAUGUCCAGUCAGAUCAUAAAUGAAGCUCAUUCAGGUUAUAUUCAGCAGAAAGUGUGGUGUCAAGGCAAGCUGAGGAAAAAAUAAGGAAACAUAAUCGCACAUCUCAAAUGCAGCUAAAAACGUGUAUUUUUCUCAUUCAUAGUUGAAAAGUAAAGAAAGUUAGGUUGGAAUACUAUUGUAAAUACAUCAUAUAUCAUAUAGCAGUCUUGUUUUGGUAGUGACUAAGUUUAUCUUCAACUGUUGGAGGCUGGUAUGACGGUUCAUGUUAGAUUUAUGUAUAAUCAAGACUAGUUAUGGAAGCAUGCUAAUAUUGCUUACUAGAAAUAAAGGCUAUCAGGCAUUCAUUCUGCAAAUAUUAUUUUCAUAAACCAAAUUAUUAGACCAAUUGAACAAUUGACCAUUGGUGGAAAAAGUACUCAGGUCCUUUACUUAGGAAUGACUAAGGACUUAAAAUACUCCAUUUAUAGUCAUGAAUUCAAAAUGUUACUUAAGUAGAAGUAUGCAUGCCUCUUGAACCCUGAGAAGUUAAGAGACUCGUGGCAGAGUGUUGAAGAUCUGCAGCCUCUGUCCUCUGUGGAAUCGCCGGCUUUUGGAAAGCUUGUCAGCCAAAUCCCCGUUAACACACCAAUGAUAAGGUGAGCUAACGUUGCCAUAGAGACUCGUUCAUAUACAGCAGGUUACAGGGCCGUGCAGAGGCUCCACUAACAUGUUGUUAAUAACACACAGAGACGUCAUGUUACCGGUAUCACAUGUUAUGUAGCGCACUUAAACAGAGUUUAAUUUCAGCAUACUGCCAUAGAUAGCUUUAAUUAUUGAGCUGCAAUAAAAUACAUUUCAGCAUUUAGAGCCAUACUUUUGCAGUUAUUUUGGUGAAAGUAACUCAAAGUAACGCAAAAGUAGUGUAACGCAUUACAUUUCAGAGACAGUAAUAAUGUAAUGUAACUUAUUACUUUAAAAAGACAGUAAUAAGUAAUAUGUACUGUAUUACAUUUUGGAAGUAACUUGUCCAUCGUUAUAUAAUUGCAUGUUUAUCAGUAGGAAAUGCAUGUCAAGUCUUUUUAAUGUUGUUUGUCAAUGUGAAACCAGUUUUAGUGUGUUUUAAAAUGUUUGGUAUGAAAUAAAAAUGAUUGCAUCACA